AUGAGCUUUAUCCGAAAAUUUAAAAGGUCAAAACCCGGCCCAGUGCCUGCCAGCGGCCCGAUCAGUGAUGUUGGGUUGACGUUGAUUUGGGAACCGGAUAAUGGAAAUACAGAAGUUGACGUGGUGUUUGUCCAUGGGUUUACCGGCCACCCACAGAAGACAUGGACGUUCCAGGGUAGUAAAACCACGACUUACUGGCCACGGGAUAAAGUUCCACAAACUCUGCCAAGUGCCCGCGUAUGGACUUUUGGUUACGAUACCAAAAUUGGCUCUCCCUUCCGACCAGAGAACCAGAACACAAUCUACGGCGAGGGCAAGGAGUUAGUGGCCAGCCUGGCUGACGUUAGGCCCGCGAAUGAAGAAAAUGUUCCCCUGAUCUUCGUUGCACACAGCCUGGGCGGUAUCGUGGUCAAGCAGGCAUUGCGAUAUUCUGAGAAGUGCAGGGAACAACUAGCAAACAGGAACCUUGGUCUCAUUUAUGAUUCGGUAAUUGGUAUCUUGUUUUUUGGCACUCCACAUGGAGGGGCUGAUCCAAGAGGCAUCAGCCAUCAUAUUGUACAAAGCUUGGCAAAAAUAGCUGGUGUGAGGGUAAAUCCAAACACAAUGGCUACACUGCUGCCUAGCUCAGCGGAGUUGGAACAGUUGCGCGAUGAAUUUCUUCCUUUGGUCAGGAAGAAUCGUUGGACAAUCACUUCAUUUCAAGAACAGAGAGGAACACCGCUUCUUCAUGGGAAGCUCGUUGUUGAAAAGGCAUGUUCGUCUUUAGGAGACGUAGACAUCGAACGCACGCGCGCCAUGAAUAAAAACCAUGGGGAUAUGUGCAAGUUCUCGGAGGAAGAUCCUGAGUAUUCCAAGGUCGACCGAGCUUUCAAACAUGCCUGGGAAAGCUGGACUAUGGAGCUAAGAAUGAGUUUAAAGGCUAAAUGGCGGGGAAGCAUCUCAGAAGAUCAAAGAAAGCAACUCUUGUCUACGCUGUGGUGGUCAGAAAUGAAUGCUAGAGAAAAUUCCAUCGACCAUACAUCCGUCGAAACUGUACAAUGGAUCUUUGACAGUCCGAAGGGCGCCUCACCAAGAACGAACCAAACGACUUCCAGUAAUGGACAGGCUGCUUUGACAGGCACGGCAGGUCGUUUCUAUCUCGACUGUGUCAAAGAACAAGAUACAGGCAGCUUAUUACAACUCUGGCUGGAGUCAAACGAAUCGAUGUUCUGGAUCCGUGGGAAGGCAGGAUGCGGCAAGAGCACCGUCAUGAAGUUCUUGAUAAACGAUCACCGAACCCCUCGAUAUCUCCAAAAAUGGCAAUCCUCCGUGCGGAUACUUCGCUUCUUUUUCGUUGAAGUCAACACCAGUCCGCUACAAAGACAAGUUCAAGGGUGCUGCAGGUCUUUGUUAUAUCAAGUACUGAAUUCGGAAUGUGCUUUGUUGGACAACGUCCUCCAAAAUCACCCGUAUUUGGCAACAAAGCAAUCUGAGAACGACUGGUCUGCAAAAGAACUUCAGGAGACUCUGACUUAUAUCCUUGAGAAGUCAGAAACUGCCUUCUGUCUUUUUAUUGACGGACUGGAUGAGGUUCCGAAUGAACAUCACGGCCUGGCAGUUGAACUGAUGACGGCCCUGGCCAAUAUUCAAAAUGUGAAGGUCUGCGUGUCAAGUCGCGAGGAGAACUCGUUAUCAGGCCUAACCCCGUGCUCAUCGCUGCACCUGCAGGAUCUAAACCGCCAUGGCAUUAAGGCAUACAUAGAACAGAGACUUGCCCCGCGCCUCAAGACUUUUGGUGAUACAGAAGAUAAAAUUUUCUCUUGGAAGGUUCACCGUCUUAAGUAUACCCUGGUGGAGAAGUCUUGUGGUAUCUUCUUGUGGGUUGCAUUCGCUGUUCGCAGUCUCUUACGGGGUAUUGAUAAUGGAGACUCGCUCCAGAUUCUGUACCAACGGACGAGUGAAUUCGCCCCCAGUCUCGAUGACCUGUAUCAGCAGAUGUGGUCUAGACAGAAUAUGGACCAACAUUUAUAUCGACAAGAGUCUGCUCAGAUUUUUUGGAUGAUGCUUGACUCUCAUCAUGAGCCAAACCAGUGGAUGACUACUUUCGUAGGCAACUUGUUUUUGACAAAUAUUUCCCUUAGCAAGGAAAUUUUGGGAAUUCUCCGCAUUGGUCGGCUGGCAACAAUCCAGCAAGUGCAAUUACUGUUUAAGAAGCACUCAAGAUGGCUAUCAGCGAGGAGCGCUGGGCUUGUCGAGCACCAAUCACAUAUUUCGGCCUUCGUGGAACAUAGAGCUAGUAUUCCACUCUCUCUACCAUUGUCAAAACAAUCUGAAGUCGGGUUUAUUCAUAGGUCCGUUCGCGAGUAUCUAUUGAAUACGCCUUCUGGUCGAGUACUACUAGGUUAUGAUACCCGCGAUCCUGAAGACAAGUGGCUGCGAAGUCUGGAAGCUCUCGAGGGCACAGCGAUCUUUAGCAUAGUCUACAAAACUAACAUCUUUGCUGACUAUGUGCGAAUGAUCCCUUUAUUACUGCCUGAAAACAUGGAAACUCAGGCAUGCGCCUCUUUUGCAGGAUUGGUAGCAUGCCAUGUCGUGAUUGGUCAUGUCAGUGUUGACGACGAGCUAAGAUUGCUGAACGACUUCAGCGACAUGUUGGGUGCUGUAUCACAAACGAAAUCGCUGCAAUUGGCCAUGUUCAUAUGUGCUGCGGCAUAUGGUGCGAGUCAAUUUCUGUCACAAAGUCGAGGACGGAUAUUGGCAACGUUGACCACCGACGAACAGAACGCAAUCCUGUUCUCGGCUUGCGACAUUUUCGAGACACAUGAGGAAAUAACCAGUAUGAUUCCCGACAACUGGAUGAAAUCCAUGGAUAUGCAAGAAUAUAAUAUUCUUACAUUCAAGAUGAUUAGACGAUCUAUUGGCUCAGUCAAGUAUAUGCUUCUGGCAAAUGCCGACGCUCAGGCUGUUUUCCCAGUUCUGGUGAAGAACAGUCUCGAGAAAACUACGACACCUUUUUUGGCAUGCUUACGACGGCUAUUCAAGGUUAUUGCGAGUCUAACCUUUAUUGACCGUUAUUCAGACGAAUUCGACGAGGAUGAAGCUUACUCGAACGAAUUGAAGCUUCUCUACUUGGACAUUGGAGCAUGUAUUCGAGUUUUCAACACUUUGCUUCCGUCAACUGGGUAUGUCAUACUAGACAAAAAUGAUUAUGGCGCAUUCUGUUUGGAUACACAACCACUGCCCUUCGACUCGAGGGUUGCCUUUGCUGUAUCUACGAGAUGGUUCGUCGAGUUCUUCCAAAUGCGCGAGCUAUUCUGGAAAGACCCAUCUCGAUGGCAUGAGAAUUCUGUAGUACACGACAGAGUACCUUAUGUCAAGUGCAUAGUGCUGGAAAGUGAGGUGAAACGCAGGCGUUGCGAGAGACCCCCCAAAAAUAUAGAGGAUGAAACGUUGAGGGACGAGAAACUUAAGUUGGAAGCGGCAUUUGAAGAGCUUCUAUGGGAUCGGGGCUCUUGGCGGCAUGAAAGAGGUCGAAUUUUUGCUGCCCAGAGUCGUGACCUUGAUCGAAAGUUCGGUGAUAUUGUAUGUAAGGUUUUGGACUCGCUCUAUGAAGCCGGAAGCGAGAGACUUUCGACCGAAUGA